UGAAGUUUAGACAGACACAGGGAUCAUCUUUUUAAAUAGAAAUGCAUUUUGAUGAUUUAAAAUGUUGAAAUAAAUUUCUCUCUCUUCUUUACAUUUGAAUUGAAGUGGAUAGAAGAUUUCUUUUUCCGAAAGGGGAGUUAAUUAACUUUCAAAAUGGAUUCUUCGAGAAAUGUUUGCAAUGCUUCUGAAUGGCAGGCGACAGUACUAGGUACUCUGUACCACCUCCAAGAAGCUCUGAGAAAUGCUACAACGAAGAAAAAUUGGGAGAGAGUUCCGAAGAAAUUUACGCCUGAGGCUCUCUUUAUGAUAUGUGUGAUUCUGAUUUUCCUCAUAUUGUCCUUAAUCGGAAGCUUUAUCAGUGCUUGGGAUGCUUUUUACAAAACAUCUCCAAAGAAACGCUUUUCAUUAACUGGAAGUAAGAAAACAAGAAAUGAUACAUCCAAGGAGGAUUCAUUUGAAGAACCAGAUACAGACUGGUUCAAAUCUUUCAGAAAAUUCCUCGACUGUUUCUGCAUUCAAAAGAAUAUUAGAAAAAUAUUCAUUACAACUACGAAAACCCAACUGGAUGCCAUAAAUGGAAUCCGGACCUGUGUGUUUUUUUGGGUCCUUUUUGCCCACAUUGGAACGUACUAUGUCAGUGCAGUUAAGUAUCCCAAUGAUGAUUUUCAGACCUUGAUCAUGUCGCCGAUUGUACAAUUGAUUUUUGAUGGAAGGAUUCCACUUGAGAUAUUUUUUAUCUUGAGCGGAUUUUUAACAUCAUUAUACUUCUGCGUUGAAUACAGCAAAAAGAAUGGGAACAUAUCGUUGCUCUCAUUCUGUGUUAAGAGAUAUUUUAGAUUUACACAGACAUACGUGAUUGUUUUGGGAUUUUAUACAACUUUGAUGUCUUAUACGGGAUAUGGACCUUUGUGGCCAACUUAUAACACGAAUCCAGUGUGCAAAAGAACAUGGAUUUGGAAUCUUUUUUAUUUGAAUAUCUUCCAAAAGCAAUGUGAACAGUGCCUUCAACCAUCUUGGUUUCUUGCAUGCUCUAUGCAGAUGCAUGUCAUUAGCCCCCUGUUUCUGAUUGCAUUAAUAAAGUGGCCUAGAAAGGGAUAUGUUUUCACUGGCGUUUGCAUAUUGGGAUCAUGUCUCGUCCGAUUCAUUCUAAUAGUAAAAUUCAAUUUAAUCAGUGGAUGUUCGGCAAUCGUAUUUUAUUUGUCUGACUUGAAAGCAUUCUAUGAAAGAUUUUUUGUACACGUAGACAUCAUAUGGAAUAAACCACAUACCAAACUGAGUCCCUUUUUAGUUGGACUAGUGCUUGGAUUCUAUUUGCACAGCAAGAAUUUCACAAAAUCUAGUAAGCCAAACAGGAUUGCUUUAUUCUAUGGGUGGAUGACAGCAGCGAUCCUGGUGGCGAUCAAUUUCUUCCAUAAUAACACUCCAGAAAAGUCUGCUUGGGAAACGGCUAUUUAUGAUACACUAGUGUCUUUGUUGUUUUACAUCUAUAUAUCAAGGAUAAUUUAUUUGUGCAUUUCAGGACAAGCAGGUUGGCUCAACGACUUCCUUUCACAUAAAUACUUCAUACCCUUUUCUCGAUUAUCUUUUUCUGCUUACCUGGUUAACUUAUUAGUGAUAGAGUGGUAUUUUCUAUCUCUAGAAGAAUUUAUAGAGUAUUCUGCCGUUUCAUUGGUGCUCCUAAAUGUCUACUUGCUCUUUUGGAUAUUUGUUGUUUCUUUCAUCGUUGCUGUACUUUUCGAAAUUCCUUUGUCAAGGGUGGCUGAUUUAUUCGCUAAAAAACUCAAGGAAUGAAUUUUAUUGUUUUAAUAAAUUGGCUGUAUCAAUA